AUUUUACGCCAACUAUCGAAUUAGGGAUACCCCUUUGGUUCUCGACCCAAUCUUCGAGUUUUCGUUCAUUCGCGCGAACGUCCGCCGGGUAUAUUUCAUUUAUUCGCCGUUAUUGCCUCAAUAUUCAAUAAAAAUAUACACAUCCCCUUUCACACCGUUCCAAUAACUACCGUACACUUCUGGCCUCCUCUCAGCCCUGAAAAAAAAUGUCACCCUACCCCGUUUGCGCCUGAACCAUGUCUUACGUAACGUGUUUUUCAACGAAACUUUACCGAGGUAAAAUCUCUCGAGUGUCCGAUUCGUACGUGCGAAUAAUAAGCUGACUCGCCAGCGCGUUAACCGGCGGCUAGCUGCUCGCUAAGUUGCUCGAAGAAGCUUUAGGGCUAAAUUUAAUACCCGACCUAUCGCAGUUCUCUCGGAUCGCUCGCUCGUUCCCGUUGUGCCUUGGUGUUUUAUAGCUACGAAAUAACGGUGUCAAUACCCUUGGGAAUGGGAGAAGACGAGGGCUGUCGCGUUCGUUGACGAUCCUAUCGCGGUAGUCCGCGUUGUUCAAUGCUUCGUAUUUAUACGCUUUCCAUCUUCAUCGCCGUCUCAUAUUCCAGCAGUCGGGAAAGUGGUAGUUGAACGACUGGGAUUUCCACUGUUCGGCUAACGAGCGAUGACAGCUAUCAUGGAAAACACCAAUUGGGAUCCAGCAUUGUCCAAGCUACUCAACUCGCUGGAAGAAAAUAAAACGGACCUCCCCACCUGCACCGACGAGGAAUUUGGGUUUCUCAGCGAUUUACUGAGAUCAAAAGAACUCAACGCUUUGGUCAACGUUCAUAAUAAAAUAAUCAGCAAUGCGAAGGAUGACAAAUUUUUUCCCGUUCUGUCCAACUCGAUGGACAUCGAUGUAGAAGUUCUGGAUCUCCUCGCCGUCAGAACCCAUAUUUCCGAAGAUUGCAAAGAACUCUUCCAUCUCUUACAGAGACCCCACAUACAGGGUCUGCUGUGCGCUCACGACGCCGUUGCUCAGAAAGAUUAUUAUCCAAGGCUUCCGGAGAUUCCAUUGGAAGUCGACGAGGACGAGGAAACGAUAAAAAUUGUACAGCUUGUUAAAUCCAAUGAACCCUUGUGCGGUGCUGGUGUUGAACCGAUUGUGGGCGCAACCAUAAAGACUUGUGAGGAAACUGGCAAGAUCGUUAUUGCGCGGAUAAUGCUCGGAGGCGCAGCCGACAGAUCCGGCCUAAUUCAUGUCGGAGACGAAGUUUGCGAGGUCAACGGAAUCAGCGUGGAAGGAAAAACUCCGAAUUGUGUAUUGAAAAUUUUGCAAAAUUCCGAAGGCACGAUCACGUUCAAAAUAGUACCAGCCGACAGCAAAAGUGGGAUCAGAGAAAGCAAAGUUCGAGUUCGGGCGCAUUUCUCUUACACGGCGGCUGACGACCGUUACAUACCUUGCAAGGAGGCAGGCUUAGAUUUUGUCAAAGGAGAUGUGCUGCAUAUCGUCAGUCAGGACGAUGCCUACUGGUGGCAGGCGCGUCGCGAAGGCGACCGAAACAUGAGGGCUGGUCUCAUCCCCAGUCGAGCUCUUCAGGAAAGGAUCAUCAUCCUCGAACGUCAGCAGAAGGAAAAAAAUGGUGAAACUGACAACAUAAGCCUGUGUUCUGUUCCAGUGCCUUUGCCUGCCCUGUGCCCCCGUCCCCAGACCUCUUUGCACGCCUCGCCCACAAAGUGCAACUUGCAGGGUCUUAAAACUAAAAAGAUCAUGUAUGACGCGGCAGAGAACGACGACUUUGACCGCGAAGAGAUACCCACCUAUGAGGAGGUCGCCAAACUCUAUCCCAGGCCAGGAUUCUACAGGCCGAUAGUCCUCGUGGGACCCCCCGGAGUCGGGAGGAACGAACUGAAGCGGAGACUCGUAGCUACGGACCCGGAAAAGUACAGGACACCCAUCCCCUACACUUCCAGACCUCCGAGACCGGGGGAGAUCGACGGGAAGGAAUACUUUUUCGUGAGUCGUGAGAAAAUGGAAGAAGACAUAGCUUUGCUAAAGUUAAUCGAGUACGGGGAGUACAAGGGGAAUUUAUACGGCACCAGCGGCGAGAGCGUCAAGUCCUUGGUGAAUGCCGGUUACGUGUGCCUCCUCAGCCCUCAUUACCAGGCCCUCAAGAUGUUGCGUACGCCGCAGCUCAAGCCGUUCGUUAUUUACGUGAAACCGCCGAGGUUCGACAUCCUAAAGGAGACUAGAAACGAGGCGAGGGCAAGAUCCACUUUCGACGAGACAAACUCCAGGGGUUUUACGGACGAAGAGUUCCACGAGAUGAUCCACAGCGCUGACCGAAUAGAAUUUCUUUACUCUCACCUGUUCGACGAGACGAUCGUCAACGCGGAUCUGUCCAUGGCCUUCGAACAGCUAGUCGGUGCGAUAUCCCGAGUGGAAACCGAACCCCUCUGGGUCCCCGCGUCCUGGGUACAAUGAAAACGUGGAUGGAGAAGUUCCCCCGUAGACCCCCAUCUCAGAAGGUGAAACCCUCUUCCGGAAGCUCGUCUUCGGGGACAGAGGUAAAAAUAAAUUUCAGAAAUUAUAAUCUGGUGAAAAAACAUGUGCGCUGUGAAUAGCAAAGGAACAUGUAUCGUUGAAGAAAUUAGAAAGAUUAUUCUCUUCCUGGAAAGAAGGUACAAGGGCUGCAAUUUAGGGCAGUUUUGUCUCAAGGUAUUCGUAACUGAUUUCCAAUUGUAAUUAUCGUUUGCCACCGAUCGUUUGGGUGAUUGACGACAAUUGCAAAAUGUUAUGUGAUUAUUUCCAAGCCACAGUCGCGGCGUGGAUUUCGCUAGUUCGUUGAUAUUACGUUUAUCGUUGGCAAUAAGUUGGUGUACAGCAUAUUGUACCUAGACAAUUAUUCUAUGGUAAUUUUUAUCGUUAGAAUCCUCACUGCCAAUUUUAAUUACUCCCCGUGAAAUUUGAAAUAGAUUCGAACGUUAUCUUUUUAUUUGAAACGUAGCAACGCGAAGAGAAAUGAUUUUCGAUCAGACGUACGUACGCAAAGUUACCGUUUCGUCACUUGGGCAGCAUUUUAAAGAUUAAAUCACGACACCCUCUACUAGGUUUUCAAAUAUAAAUAGAAUUCGUUGAAAGUUGAGUAUUAAUGGGUAAGAAGAAAAAGUCCUAGCUAAAUAAUUAUCUUGUCAUUAUUAUAUUUUGUCGGGCAACCCCAGAUACGAGUGAAAACUUGCGUGAAAAAAAGACAUUGAUAGGAUUCGCACCGUUAAAAUGAAGUUGAAUUGUAAUAUAGGUAAUAAAAAUUAAUAAUCUGUAACAGAUAUUGAAAUUGUAUGGAUUAUUACUUAUUAUUGAAUAUUAUUAAUUAAUAAUAAUUAACCCUAUUGUUGUUGAUUGUUGCCAAAUAAAUAAAUAGAAGACGAGGAAUGAAGCGUAAUAAAAAAAAAAAAAUAAAAAGGAAAGAAUAAUAAUAAAAUAUUAAUACCCUACGUUGUAUUUUCCACUUAGCUAAUAUUAUAAUAUUGUAAUACGCUAUUUUCCAUAUUAAAUAAAAUAUAUUAUAUAUUGUAUCUCAAUUAAAUAUGUAUAAACACGAUUAAUAUCGAUAUGGAGUUCGUUAUUGAUGUACACUUUGAAUGCAUUUUCUCUAUAAUAUACGAUCACGAUUCGA